GCUGAGAGAAAUCUGUACAAACAAACCUUGUUAAACUAACCCUUAUCUUCCUGGGCGCUUUUCCACCAUUAAUGCCCAAACAAAAGCAAGCCCUUUUGUCUUGUUACAUUCUCCUGAUUCACUACUCAUUGUCCAGUUCAGUAUGCCAAGUGUUCAACUCUAACUGCUUCUUUGAGUCUUCAUUUCCUUAUGAGGGCUCCCAUGGCAAGUAAAACUUACAGUGAAUAAAUGUGUAUGCUUUCUCCUGUUAAUCUGUCUUCUAUUAAUUUAAUUCUCAGGCAUAGCCAAAAACUCUAAGAAGGUAGAGGUAAAAUUUUGCCUCCCCUACAGCAGCUAAGAGUUUGAAGUGGUGCAGAACAUGCCACCCCGAAAUAUGCCACUUCGGUAUAUUGAAUUUGAGCUUGAAGACACUUGAGAAAUGGCAGAUGCAGGGAGGGCUCUCUGACCUGCCCCUCUUACCUAAAAGCAGCUCAUAAACUUUCCCAUUCGAGAAAUACACUCCUAGUACCAGGAACAGAACAUUCUUUUCAUCAGAGACAGAGAGUCAAUGCCAAAAUGAAUCUGUCAAAACCAACCUACCAAAAUAACCCUUUUGUUCCAUGAGUUUCCCCUAUGUAUAUCCUAGUCAUUGUCCUACAAUUUACUGUCCCUAGCCGAAGCCCUAGAAUUGAUUGUUCUUUGUUUGAAAAGGUAUAUAUAAGCUUUGGGGCCUAACAGGCUCUUCAGGUCUUCAUUUUCUUUCUGAAGACUCCCGUGUACACAUACAAAUAUUAAAAUUUGUCUGCCUUUAUUCCUUUUGAUCAGUCUUACGUCAAUUUAAUUCUUAGGCCCAGGCAAUUGAGUUCCUUUGGGGGGGGGGGAAUCUGUCUUUAAGGCAGAUAAGGGGAGUUCAAAGAAAGCCUGUCCCUGCACUUGAUGUUUUUCAAGUGCCUAUGGCUCAAAAUAAUAUACCAAAGCAGCAUAUUUUGGGGUGGCAUAUUCUACUACCCUUCAACAUCUAUCAUGAAUUCCAGGUUGUUGUCUUAGACAUGUGACACAGACAGGGUGGCACCAUUCAAUGAACAGGCAGGGGAGGUGGGGAGAAAAGAAUGAAUCUUCUUAGCUCCCAUGAGACAUACUUUAGAGACUGUCAGUUUAAAUAUUCUGAUUUUUGGAGAUUUUGAGUUUAAGAUGGCUAAAGAACAACCAGGAGGAUGGAUCUAGAAAUCUAGAUAAAGAUUUGGGAUUCAUUAGCCUACAGAACAUAGAGUAAAAGAAGAGGUGAAAGAAGGCACCAAGAUUUUUUAAAAUAAGAAGCUCUUCUUGGGAAAAAACAUAAUUCUUUCUGAUGCAGAAACCAUUGUCUCAUGGAUUGGCCUACAGAAGACCCUGGUAAAGAAAUGAACGUUCUAUCAGACCCCAAUCAGUUUCUAGUAAUGACUCUCACAAUGUGGAGCAGAUGUCCCCUUGCGAAACCCAAUUCAGUUAACUUUGGAGUUUGAUGUGAGGCCACAAACUGGGACUGAAUCCUGGCUGAGAACAAGGAAGGAGCUAGAAACGGAGUUACAAAUUGUUCAGUCUUCUUUCUGUAUAUAUUACUUCUUUCAGCAGAGCCUUGGAUGACAGUGCGUUGGAUUCACUGAUCUGCAUCAGGUUUGGCAGUAUAAUGAGACCAGUUUUCCUAGAAUCUGCUUUCUCCUGGGUGAGGUGAAAUUCCAGGCCUCAUACUGCCAAAACAGAAACUAGACUCAAGCAUUAUGACGACCUUCCCCUCCACCCUCGCUGCACAUUCCAGGUGCCCUACCUCUGGAGGUCGCCUCGUAAAUCCGUCAGUCUAAUUAACCCGAACUGCCUUUGUUGCCCUUUUAUGUAACCAUAGUUCCGGGAGCCUGGCAUCCUCCAGACAGGCUUAGACACGGCCCUGGGGCCCUAGUCUCCUUCGCGUCCCUAGACUCCGUCUGCUCGUCUUCUGAUCUUCAGCCCCCAAAAAGACCUUUCCUCUUCGCCUACAUUUAAUGCCGCCCACCCCCCGAGGGCGGGGGGUAGGGGCGCACAAACGGGGAGACACAGAGGAAGAGGGACCCGGAAGCCGGGAGCCUGGCCCUGGGACGGGAAUUCUCCCGGGACUGUGGUAGCGCGAGUCCGCUAGAGGGCGGCGUGGGGGCGAGGCGAGGAAACGCGGGGCGGGCGGGGACACCCGAGGCCGCUGCCCGCCCGCGCGCUUGUGGUGUUCACUCCGGUCCGAUCUCCUUGUAUAUCAGGGGCCCAGCCACCCUUCCCAGUACCGCCGUUGUGUUUUCGGAAAAUAGCGAGUAUGUCUGGGAGAGGCAAGGGCGGCAAAGGUUUAGGCAAAGGCGGCGCCAAGCGCCACCGCAAGGUGCUGAGGGAUAACAUCCAGGGCAUUACUAAGCCCGCGAUCCGGCGCCUCGCUCGGCGUGGCGGGGUCAAGCGCAUCUCGGGGCUCAUCUACGAGGAGACCCGCGGGGUCCUGAAGGUGUUCCUGGAGAACGUGAUCCGGGACGCCGUCACCUACACCGAGCACGCCAAGCGCAAGACGGUCACCGCCAUGGACGUGGUGUACGCGCUCAAGCGACAGGGACGCACCCUGUACGGCUUCGGAGGCUGGGCCCAGCCACCCUUCCCGGUACCGCGGUUGUGUUUUCGGGAAGUAGCGAGUAUGUCUGGGAGAGGCAAGGGCGGCAAAGGCUUAGGCAAAGGCGGCGCCAAGCGCCACCGCAAGGUGCUGAGGGAUAACAUCCAGGGCAUCACCAAGCCCGCGAUCCGGCGCCUCGCUCGGCGUGGCGGGGUCAAGCGCAUCUCGGGGCUCAUCUACGAGGAGACCCGCGGUGUCCUGAAGGUGUUCCUGGAGAACGUGAUCCGGGACGCCGUCACCUACACCGAGCACGCCAAGCGCAAGACGGUCACUGCCAUGGACGUGGUGUACGCCCUCAAGCGACAGGGACGCACCCUGUACGGCUUCGGAGGCUAGGCGGUCGCUGCAGGCUUAACGCGUGCAAUCCCAAAGGCCCUUUUUAGGGCCAACCACAGAGUCCUCAGAGGAGCUGGACGCUCGGUGUGGCGUUGGGGGUAGCUUUGUACGUGGGAGUUUUUUUGUAGGUAAUUGACCAACGCGGACAGGAAAAAGGCGGCCUACAGUACAGCCUCCAAGGCUUGCGAAGGAGCUGGUACUGUGUUUUGGCCAAGGGGUUGGGACUUGCCCCGUGCAAUCCGAGCUAGGCAGCUAGUUCCACGUAAUGGCGUACCUGCUGACUAACUCGGGGCUGCACAAAAGGCUUGCGGAGGCAGCCAAUCAGGGCAGUGCUAACUUGGCCCAAUCAAACGUUGCGUCUCUGGAGUGCUCGUUUGCGUAGAAAGGGUUCAG